AUGGCGGAGGGCGGAAACGAUGGACCAGGAUACAGUGCUGUGUUUGAUCCACAGUUUGACAGUGUAGACAUUAUUGAGAAUCAGACCAUCUCAGAUGUCAGGUGUUCCGCCGACUGUAGACCAGCGUGUACCUACACCUGGUCUAGAUCAGGUACAUAUUACACAAACCCACUGAGUCUGUCUGUGGCCACGAGGACCAACGCCGGACAAUACACUUGUACAGCCAGAAACACUGUCAGUCAGGGAAUAAAGACUUGGAACCUUAUUGUCAGAUUUCCACCACGAAUUCUCAGUCUAGAUUACACUGACGGUGAUUUUGACGUGGCUGAAAAUGGACCCAAGUCGCUGGUGUGUUCGGUUGAGAGUUUCCCUCCGUCCACAAUACAGUGGUUCUAUAAAGCCAACAACAAAGUUCUACUGACCACCCCAGACGUCCUGGAGAGUACCUACACCCUGACUAACGCUGACUGUCUGGACACCGGACUCUACACCUGUUCUGUCAGAAACAGUGUCUCUACCACAGCGGUUACCAGGGAUAUACUCAUCAAUGUUCUGUGUGAACCACGGCAGGACCCCAGAGUUAAACUUAAUAACGAUUUUGGAUUAGCAACGGCUGAGAUUUUAGUCAUGAAUGCCAUGUUCCUCUCGAAUCCGCAACCAACAUUUUCUUGGUCGUUCGAAACAUCACCAGGCAUGGGUGUUACAAAUCUUGUCAAUGGCAGAGACAAUUUUGAUAUUCAAGAUAUGUUCACAGUGACAAAUCUGUCUGCCGUAUCAGUCGGGACACGGAAGAAUAUACAAGCGUCCUGGUUUGGUGUCUACAAUGUAACGGCGACGAACAGUCAGGGCAGCGAUACGCUCAGUUUUACUGCUGCAGCAAAAGGAAAACCAGACCCUCCGUAUGGGGGUUUAGCUAUGUGCCCUUUUGAAGAUCGAGCUACGCUGAGUUGGACAUCCGGAUUCAAUGGCGGGUCUAGUCAAACAUUUAUAGUUGGUAUACGGACAGAUACACAGAGCAGCAUACUGAUUGAUAGAAAUAUUAACCAGUCUGACCCAGGACGUGGCCAAAGUGUUACUAUAACAGUUACAGGUCUGACAGCUGACACAAAGCAUUUCUUUACUGUAUAUGCUGUUAAUGAAUUUGGGAACUCAUCUUUGGUCCAGGAAGUUAACUGUACAACACAAGGUGAUCGAUUUUUCAGUAAACCAUUAUAACGUAGUGGAUUGUGGGUUAUCCCAAUCAUUUUGUCUCUGAUUUGUCGAUCGUCAGUGCUUAUACACUUUUAUAAUUUUGAGAAUAAUUAUUCUCUGAUAAAAUUAUUUCUCACUAAGGUCGGCUUAAAGAACAGAUCACUGUGUAUAGUUCAUUUCCUGAUAUUUCAUUACAUCUAAAUGACGACCCAACUUAUCACGUAAGUAAAGAACCAGACUAAGAACGCAUCAAACAUAUAUGAAAUAUGAAAGUGGAAACAACAGAUGGAUAAAUUAAAUUGAAAUAUAAAAGAAACUGUUUAAAGUGAUAAACAUAUCUCGUAUUAUGCUCCAGAUUUAUACGUAAAUGAGUUUCUUAUUUGUAUAUGUGUAAUUGGAAAUCUA